CCGUGCCAUUGCCGCGGGAUGCAACCUCCUGUUCUCUUUUGCUUUUCUCGUGGCUGCCCGUCGUCAUCGUCUGCAACUCCUCUGUUUGUCUCCUGCCAUCGCAGCGGCCAUGCUGGGCAUCCUCGUAUCACCCUCAAUACAUCCAACAAACGCCAGUGCUAUCUACCAUAAGUCUUAGAACAUGGUCCGAGGCACAUCUGCAACGCUUUCAACAUGGCGAAUAAAACAAGCGGGGACCGCGAUUUCGCUUCAAGAGGCCCUGUCGUGCUGGGCGUCACGACUGCCACACUCGUGUGCGCUACCGUCUUCGUCGUGCUACGAUUGAUCUCCAGGUUCGGAAUUGUGCAAAGAGUUGGCUGGGAUGACCACUUUAUCAUUCUCGCUUGGCUCCUCGCGUUCGGCACUUCUUUCUCCAUUUGCUACGGGACGUCUGUCGGCCUUGGGCGACACGAGGUCGAUGUCCCGGCAGACUGGGAUUCUGCUUUGAAAAAGUCGGAAUAUAUAUUUUCGGUUCUUUAUAACCCGGCCUUGAUGGCCACCAAGACGUCGAUCCUGAUCUUCUACCUGACGCUAUCCAAAACCCAGAAGAUCUUCCGUCGGGCCACUAUUGCAACCCUCGCUGUAGUCAAUAUCGGCGGAUUAGCGUUGACACUUCUCAAUGUUGUUCAAUGUCGACCCGUCGGUGCGGCCUUUGACGAAACAAUUCCAGAGACUGCAACAUGCACAGAUAUCAUUACGAUCUACCUUUCUUCGGCACCAUUGAACAUCAUCACGGAUCUGGCAAUCUUGUUCCUUCCAAUGCCAAUACUGACCAGCAUGCGUCUGCCAAAGAAACAGAAGAUCAUACUCGUCGUUACCUUCGGGUUCGGUAUCUUUGUCGCCGUUGUUGAUGUAGUUCGAAUUGCAUACCUUCAAUCCGCAGCUCGCACGCAUCUACGGAGUGUUGAGGACAAAAGCAAGCCAUCAGGAAAUGCCUCACGGAAUUCGGACACGAAUGAUUUCAGCUAUUACGCUUCCUACUCACUGAUGUUUUCGGCAAUCGAGGUAAACGUAGGAAUCAUGUGUGCCUGCGUGCCAGCCAUGAAGCCCUUAGUGUCUCGCUUUAUGCCUCAUCUGUUGCGGGACACUAGCCAAACCGAGAAGACGGUGCUCACGACUGGAAGUGGAUUGAACCAUCCUGACCUUGCAAAUGGGAACCUGCAGCCACCCUCUCAGGAUUUGCCAACAAGGCCAACACUUGUUGCCGCCCCCGGAGCUGCCAACCCAGAAGCCGCACUAGGAACGGCUCUAGGAGGAAAUGCCGAUGGGGCAAUGGGUAUGAUGGAUUUCUUGACCACGCCAGACAUGAUCGAGCUACCGUGCGAAAGGGCGAAUACGUAUGCUACGGCUGCGACCGCCGGAAGUGCUCCACCCUUCUUCGACUUCGUCAAUUUCAAUAAAAAGAAGAGCAUUGUAGAUAUGACAACGAAGGAAUGCAUCUAUCCGGUGAUGAUGGUCACCGUCUUGUUCUUCGUCUGGGGAUUCGCAUAUGGACUACUGGACACCCUCAAUGCUCAAUUCCAGACGGUUGCUCAUAUGUCAUCCGCACAGUUUAUCGGACUGCACAGCGCAUACUACGGGGGCUAUUUCCUAGGACCGCUGACUUUUGGCCGACUCGUCUUCCAGUACUGGGGCUUCAAAGCUUGCUAUACCGUUGGACUAGUAAUCUACGCUUGUGGUACUUUGGUCUUCUGGCCCUCUGCCGUUCUUACCUCCUUUCCGGCUUUUUUCAUUUCAAACUUCAUUGUUGGCCUCGGCCUGUCCACGCUGGAGAUCUCAGCGAACCCGUUCAUCACGCUUUGUGGGCCACCGGAAUGGGCAGAGGUACGACUCAAUCUCUCUCAAGGCUUCCAGGCGAUUGGGACCGUCGUGUCUCCGAUACUCGCGAAGAAAGUUCUCUUCAAAGCCUCGGCCGACUCUCUAAUCGACGUUCAAUGGACUUAUCUAGGCCUCUCAUUGUUUAACUUUGCUCUAGCAAUCGUAUAUUUCUACAUUCCCCUGCCAGAAGCCACUGAUGACGAGCUUGAGGCAGCAGCUCAGCGCAUCAAUACUCCAAAUACGGAGAAACUUUUCAAUGUAAAAGUGAUAUGGAUCACUCUUGGUCUUGGAGUAUUCUCUCAGUUAUGCUACGUCGGUGGUCAAGAGAGUAUUUCUACGACAUUUGCAGCAUAUGUAGCCCGAAUCUACCCAGGCCUCAGCUCGGUCAAUCACCAAGCCAUCGGACAUACGGCCUUCGCCCUUUCGCGCUUCCUAACUGCCGGUGCCUCUUUAUGGAUUAAGCCACGCUAUCAGCUCCUCUUUUUCUACGUCGGCGCUAUUGUGUUCGCGGCAGCAUCUAUGAAUGGACAUGGCACUACGCCUGCCGCGCUCGUCAUUAUGCUCUUCUUCUUCGAAGGACCGAUAUUCUCCCUCAUCUUCGCGCAAUCGAUCCAUGGACUGGGAAAGAACGCCAAAUUGGCCAGCGUGCUACUCACCUCGGCAAUAGGCGGUGGAGCAGUGUUUCCUCCCAUUGCGUACGGUGCGAUGAAGGCAAAAAACGUGCAGUAUGCGUAUUGCGUGGUCAUGGCGGCCUUUGCUGCUGGCACUUUGUUCCCGAUUUGGCUGAACCUAUCGCCUCUCGCAAAAGCGAUAGUGGAUCCUAAGAAGUAUGAAGAUCAUUAGAAUGUUGGGGAUGUGGGAAUUGAAGUAGAUGGAAAGAGAAAAAGGGGCCUCUCUUCACUUAGUAACGGUCUUGAGAAGAGGUGGCGAAAGGACGGUGCCAGAGAUGAACUUCCUCGGGUUGAGUACAAGGAGAGGAGGUAAUCGCCGCCUGUCUUAAGUGUAUGAAGUACACCUAGAUUUCUUUUUUCUUGUAUCUGGUAAUGCAGAACUGUGUUCUGUUCCAUUAUUUUCUACUAGAAAGGGCGCAUAGAAUCACUUGAAGGUGACCUAGCACCAUGGGCUAUCAAGCCUUCUCUACUUGGAAGCGGUGCGGGAGGCUUUUUGUCCACAACUACAUGAGACGCGACCAUGACGCCCUGGAGAUUUGCGCCUCAGUUUUGUAUAUAUCAUCGAUACCCUGUAGUUAAACUCUGAGUACAUACAAAUUUUACAUUAGAAAAUGAGUCUGGU